AGAGAACCAUCUUCCAUCUUAUUAGCUCCAGGGCUCUUCACCAACACCAGCAUCCAAUAUGAGCAUGAAACUUGAAUUGAACAAUGUGGAGCUGAAAGCUGGAGAUCAGCUGAAAAUAAAGGGGCUAAUUCACCAUGAUGCUGAUAGAUUCCAGAUCGACCUCGGCUGUGAUGCAGAGGACCUGGCUCUGCACUUCAACCCUCGUUUCCAUGACGACACUGAUGGAGCUGUUGUUGUGUGCAACUCGAAGACUGAUGGUUGCUGGGGCGACGAGAAAAGGGAAAUACACAACCCCCUACACAGGGGCUCAGAUUUCAAGAUUGUGUUGAAACAUGCUGGAGACAUGUUUGAAGUGGAGCUUCCUGAUGGACAGGAAGUCCAGUUCCAAAACCGUGUUGGCAUGGACGUCAUCAGCUACAUCAGAAUCACAGGAGACCUCAAACUGACUUCCUUCAAGAUCUGCUGAGAGACACAACUGCUCUCACACAUGCAUGCUGUGUUUAUCAGUUACUGUAAGAAUCAUAAAGAGAUGUAGA